CGUACAAUUACCAGGUUGAGGAACAGUUAUUACCCUACAAUCACCAGUUUCAGUAACAUUUAUUAUCCUACAAUCACCAGGUUCAGGUACAUUUAUUAACGUACAAUUACCAGGUUCAGGAACAGUUAUUACCCUACAGUCACCAGGUUCAGGAACAGUUAUUACCCUACAAUGACCAGGUUCAGGAACAGUUAUUACCCUACAACCACCAGGUUCAGGAACAGUUAAUACCCUAAAAUCACCAGGUUCAGGGACAGUUGAUACCCUUCAAUUAACAGGUUCAGGAACAUUUAUUACCCUACAAUUACCAGGAUCAGGUUCAGUUAUUACCCUACAAUCACCAGGUAUCGGGACAGUUAUUACCCUACAAUCACCAUGUUCAGGAACUGUUAUUACCCUACAGUCUCAAGGUUCAGGUACAGUUAUUACGAUACAAUCAUCAAGAUCAGGAACUGUUUUUUACCUACAAUUACAACGGUCAGUAACAGUUAUUACCCUACAACCACCAAGAUCAGGAUAAGUUAUUACCUACAAUCACCAGCAUCAGGAACAGUUGUUUCCCUAUAAUUAACAGGUUCAGGAACUGUUAUUACCCUACAAUCACCUGUUUAAGGAACAGUUAUUACCCUACAAUCGACAGAUUCAGAAACAGUUAUGACCCUACAAUCACCAGGUUCAGAAACAGUUAUUACCCUACAAUGACCAGGUUCAGGAUCAGUUAUUACACUACAAUCUCAAGGUUCAGGUACAGUUAUUACGAUACAAUCAUCAAGAUCAGGAACUGUUAUUUCCCUACAAUUACCACGUUCAGUAACUUUUAUUACGCGACAACCACCAAGAUCAGGAUAAGUUAUUACCCUACAAUCACCAGGUUCAUGAACAGUUGUUUCCCUAUAAUUAACAGGUUCAGGAACUGUUAUUACCCUACAAUCACCUGUUUCAGGAACAGUUAUUACCCAACAAUCGACAGAUUCAGGAACAGUUAUAACACUACAAUCACCAGGUUGAGGAACAGUUAUUACCCUACAACCACCAAUUCAGGAAAAGUUAUUACCUUACAAUCACCAGGUUCAGGAAAAGUUAUUACCCAACAGUCACCAGGUUCAAGAACAUUUAUUACCCGACAAUUACCAGGUUCAGGUACGGUUAUUACCCUACAAUCAACAGGUACAGGGACAGUUAUUACCCUACAAUCACCAUGUUCUGGAACAGUUAUUACCCUACAAACUCCCGGUUCAGCAUCAGCUAUUACCCUACAAUCACCAGGUUCAGGGACAGUUGUUACCCUUGAAUUAACAGGUUCAGGAACAGUUUUUACCCUACAAUUACCAGGUUCAGAAACAGUUAGUACCCUACAAUCACCAGUUUCAGGAACGGUUAUUACCCUACAAUCACCAGGUUCAGGAAUAAUUAUUAUCCUACAAUUACCAGGUUCAGGAACAGUUAUUACCAUACUAUCACGAGGUUCAGGAACAGUUGUUACCCUUGAAUUAACAGGUUCAGGAACAGUUAUUACCAUACUACCACGAGUUUCAGGAACAGUUGUUUCUCUACAAUCACUAGUUCAGGAACAGUUGUUACUCUACAAUCACCAGGUUCAGGAAAAGUUGUUACCCUAGAAUCACCAGGUGCAGAAACAGGUAUUAUACUACAACCGCCAGGUUCAGGAACAUUUAUUAUCCUACAAUUACCAGGUUCAGGUACAUUUAUUACCCUACAAUCACCAGUUUCAGGAAUAAUUAUUAUUCUACAAUUACCAGGUUCAGGUACAGAUA